AGGAUUUCUUCAACAUCCCAUAUGUCAAUAAAGGUUCCCAACACACCAAAACACUCAGUGUUGAGGAUACAACAGAGGGGCUGACAUCAGCCUGGAGAGAAGGGGGGCGUGGACAGGAAACAUGAGGGGAACCCUAUCCAGAUUCUCACCAGUCUUAAUCUUCCUCAUCCUCACAGGAGUCUUCUUUCUGCGCAGCAUUGACUUUCUGGAGAGGUGGAAUUCCAAGCCAGUGUCCUCUCUCCAUCCACCUCAGCCUAGAAACAUCUCUAUCAUCAAAGCCCCUGCAAUCCUCACCUCAAGACCUUACCUCCAGACCUUACCUCCAGAGCUACACAGCCCGAAGUCUUGCCCUGACGUGGGCCCGGAGCCCACGCCUGAUGAGGCCCAAGAGCAGCGCACUCUCCUGGACUCCAUUACCUGGCCUGGGCCCCCAAGGCUGGAGGUGCCGGUCAAGCAGAGCAGUGACCCGGCCCACAGCUACUUUGUGAUCCAACCUCCAAUCAAAGUCUCUGGCCAGGCCACCACAUGGCAGGUGGGAGGCAAGCUAGAGGUUCUUGUCCACAUGCAUGACUUCUUGGGCCAGCCGAAGAGUUAUGGCGGGGAUUUCCUGGUGGCUAGGAUCCGCUCGGUGCAGUUUGGCGCCGGCGCGUCAGGUCGGGUGGUGGACCAACUGAAUGGUACGUAUGCGGUGGAGCUGCCGCUGUUGUGGCCGGGGUCAGCCCAGGUGGAGGUGACGCUGUUGCUCUCCAGUGAGGGGGUGAGUGUGCUGAAGCGCCUCAGAGAACAACAGCCAGACCGGGUCUAUUUCUCCAGCCUUUUUCGCUCCGGUGACCAGUCCGAGACCACUCAGUGUGCCCUGUGUCUUCCUACUGGAUCUGGGAAGAUGGAACUGUGCAAUUACACCGACCCACACACUGGAGACCCCUGGUACUGCUACAAGCCCAAAAACCUGAGCUGUGACAACCGUCUCAACCACUUCAAUAGCGGCUACAAGCCAAACCUGCUCUACGCCAAUGAGUCUUUGCUGUUCACAAGGUAUACAUUCCUGAAUUAUUUGUCGUACUAA